CUUCUCUUUCCCCCAUGGAAAGAGGCAAUCUCCGUUUGAUUUGAAAUGCAAUGUCCUGAGCUGUUUUCUGGCGAGCACCUGGAUGAUGGCUUACAUGUGUUUUUUCCCCUUUGAAUGAGGAGGAAUAAAUUGGAAGUGAGUUUCCUGUACUCCUCUCAUCUCCCUGUGAGAGGGGAAUAAUGAGCAAGAGAGCACCUUUAUGGCCAAAAGAUUACAGAGGUUAUGCAUUGGUUAUUCUUUACAGACCACUUAUUGUGAAAUACUCUUUUCAUUUUUUUAAUUUCUGAGGGGGUAGGGUGGUGAGAGAAGGUAUUUUCAGCAGUGAAUUUUUGACCCAGAAGAUCAAUGUUUGUGUUCGGAAGUCAUGGGAAGAGGACGGUGCCAGCAGGCCCAGAACAGGCACUGUCACAGCAAUGCCAGACCCACAGUCACCCCCAGCACCUCCUUGUGCAGUUUGGCACGACUGCUCCUGUGCGAUCCCGUCCCUCCUGGUGCUUUCAUCAGCUUCUCACGCUGCCAUCCAUCGUAUCCCGCAGCUCCUGGCCUCAACUCCAGCUUCCUGUGUCCUGGUCACCCAUCUGGCAGCCGGGUUGCCUGCCCUCACAUUUUGCACGUCUCCAGCUCACCCGCGCUGCUCCCGCUGCCACUGGUAGCUGGCGGCAUGGGGACCUGGGGGUGGUGUCAGUGCCCUUUGCUGCGGGAUUUGCAGCAGCUUACCCACUAAACCAGGCUGCAAAUUCAUGCUGAGUUGACUGUUUGACACCUCCACAAAGGUUGGCUGCUGGGUUUCCGCCUCUCUCUCUCUCUUGUUUUUCCCCAUAGAUUGGUCUGUGUUAAAAUACAUGCCAUUUGGUCGAACUUAAAUCCUUAAGCAAUUCAGAGCACUCUGUAGAUAUGACAGCACUCAUAACUGCUUUUUUGUGCCAGCUUUUGCUGCAAUCAUCUUUUGAUGUAGCUAACUGAAAACUUAUAUCAAGUUUUUGGACAAAAACCAUAGAUUUCCUUCAUUAAAGCACUAUAAACGUCCCAUUUCUCUGAUGAGUGCCUGUUCAUAGUAAUGUUUUGGGAUUUAAUAUGGCCCCGGUGCAAGAAUUGAUGAUUGAUGGUGUAAGAAAUAUUGCCUUCCCUUGUGCAAACCUCGGGGCGGGUGGUGCCAAAUCCCAUCAUCCUCCCUAGCAGUGAAGCAAACUCACUUAGAUGCCAGCGUGGCGGAGGCUUGUGGAUCAUCCUCCCCAAAGCCAGCAAACACUCUUCUCUCCUAGCCUUAUGGCACAGAGCGUAUUCCCGGCAGCCCAAACAUCUGGGUGACUCAGGCCAGAAGCCAGGGCCAGCGAGAAAAUGUCAAAUUCUUCUCAACUGAACACAAAUAGGAAAAAAAGGCAAAUUGAAGUGCAGCAGCCGCAGCUGCCACCUAUGUGCCCAGGUCUGUGCGGCAAGCACUUGCGUGGAACAGAGUGGUACCAGCCCCCACAAACCCCCCAAAAAGUGUCUUUGCUUUCAGCUGCCUCCUGGCCGGCACCAACAUUACCUCAGCCUUGCCUGGGAGGAGGCAGACGGAGCAAAUCACCUCCUCGGAGACCCAGACACUGGGUGUUUUUUUUCCGCUGCGUUAGCCAGCUCAGAUGUGGCACAGAUGGGGAAUCCGCAGACCGUGCCCCUGCGCUGGCUCCUGGGGCCUCAGAGGCACACGAAGCAGAUGGGACAAAACAGCGCGGGGGCAGACGAGCGCCUGGCUCCUCAAGCAAGGCUGGGAGAAGGUGAAGCCCCCCAGCACUCCUUCCUGCCCCGCCGGGGCUGCCACGCUUUGUGGUGCGCAUCCAGAGACGGAUGGGCCAGGGCUCAGCCCGGCCUGAGGGACCAGGUGGUGGAGGCACCGGCAGGGCCUCGUUCUCCUGCCAGGUGGCACGGAUGGAAAGCAAGUGUGGCAGUGGUUGGGUGAAUGUGGAGCAGAAAGUGGUGAGAAAGGAGGUGUUUGGGCUAGGAAGAGUGCUGUGAGCUCCGCGUGACACGGCCCUGCUGGGAGGAGCAUGGGGUGAUGCUGCUGGAUGGAGGCUCCAGGCUGGCUGGUGCUGCCGCCUCUGCUUUACUGCCAUCAGGGCAGCCAGAUGGAGAAAGCUCCAGGCCAGGACACAUCAUGCUUUUUGCCUGGACUUACCUUUCCACUGCGAGGACAGGAUUUGUUUUGCUUUGUUGUUUCUGGUGCUGGAAAACUGAAAGGCUGAGAUCGCCCUGGUGCUGGCAGGGAGCAAUGGGGAAUGAGGCAACGCUGCGCUUUCCCCUCGGCCGCAGAGAUACGUUGUCCAGAGCAUGGGGGCCGGGCACGCUACGCUUGUCUCAGUGGCUUUGUGGUGGUGCACCUCCAGUGCCAGGACUGCCCAAAUCCCUUCCUCACAGCAAAGCGACUGGAGCAACGCUGCCUUCCACCUGACAGCUCUGUUUUCCAGUGCAAGGGCAGGAGCAGAAUUAAAGGGUUCAGAGAGUCCUAAGACUCAUGAUUGCAAUCUGUGAGAGUCAGUUUGCUGGUCAAAAAGGCCUUUGGCAGGAACCUGUUCCUUGCCACCAAGCUGUGGCUAUGGAAGAGGACUUUCUGAAUGCCCAACUACCCUCAGCUCAAAUGCAGACCUGUGGCCCAUCUGCCGGGGAUAAAUCCCCCGGAGGUGACUGCACCAAGGCUGUGGAAGCAGGCUCUGACGGGUGGUGGGAUCACACUGCACCCCUUGCUGUGUGCGGGAGGUUUCUCCUGGCUGCAUGUCCCCAGGAGUGGAUGGCCCCUUCACUGCUGUCCUGUCCACAGCCCAUGCCUUGUCCUCAGGUGAUAAAGUGCCACUGGCUGUGGAGGAGCUCUGGCAAAACUGCACGUGGCCAACUCUGAAAUGGCAAUGACUUCCCAUCGGGUUUCCAGUGUGAUAACACCCCGAUCAAUCCUGGGUGCCCAGCAGAAAGCCUUGCUGCAGCUGAAGAAAUUAAAGCGUUUGACGGCUAGUGAGCAAAGCACAAAUUCGCAGCAAGCGAGGAGGCAGCUAACAUCCUCCUCCCGCCAGCCUGUCAGCUACUUGGCGUAGCUGCUGCGAGGGGGGCCGCGAGACCCUGGGGUAUUUUCUAACUGCAGCUUCUGACGGGGAAACCCGUCUCUUGCUAGAAGGGACAGGUUGUAGUUUCUGGUUAGAGAAACCCCGGCGCGUGAUGGCGUGCUCGGAAACCUGAAGAUCGUGGAGAACUUCCAGUGAACUGUGAAACAUAAAUCGGCUCAGAAGGCACAGACGACGGGGCUGCUCUGGAGACAUCUGCGCUCUUUCGCUUUCUGGAGCCAGGCUGCAGGGAGAAGCCCCUGGGCUGAAAAAGGGCAUUUAAAAAAAAAAAAUUUAUUGCUUUUUCCAGCGACUGCGAGAAGCACUUAGGGGAUUUAGGAGCGCAGCAGAGCACAGCACGUCCUGACGCCUGCGGGCUUUGGGGAACGCCGCUCACAAGCGCCGUCGUUAUGGGCAGAAGCACUUGUGUGGGAUAAUGAUGUAUCAGCUCACGCCCAGACUGUUGCCAAGGCCAAAUAUGAAUUUUUAUUUGGCUUGGAAGAAGAGAAGCCUUCAGAAAUGGGUAGUGGCCAUGGAAGUAAUACAUUGCUCCCCCACACCAUCAUCAAUGAAUUUCCAGAGUACGGCACUAUAGAGCCAAGUGGAGACACACUGAGGACAUCAUCAGAGGGCCAGGCAGAGCCUGUGACGUGCAGCCCAGAAGGACGGGACGGUCACCAGGUACCCGGCAGGCCUCCUCAGCCUGCGGCUUCUGUGGACGAGUCUAGAGCUCACGCUAAGGCAGCGCAGCUGCAUGCUGCAGAAGAAGGCUUACAACCUGUGGGUAACGUGCCAGAGAUUAUGAAAAUCUCUCGACGGCUAGAAGCAACAAAGGUGCAAGAGAGGGCAAAUACUUCUCUUGAUUCAGAGACGCACAUGGAAAAAAAGAACGUUCCUGGCAGCCAAAAUGUGCAGGCAGCCAGAGAACCAGUUCCAGCAGGCCAAGAAAAAACCUCAGACAUGCUUCUUCCAUCUGAGCGAACAGCUGAGGAAAAAAUGCAUUUGAUCAUAGGGAAAGAUCUGGCUGCAAUAUGGACUGGAGAAAAGCAGUCCGAGUCCUUGCAAGCCACCAGUAAUAAAACUGAGGAGGUCCACGCAGCAGAGGAGACAAGCUGUCAUAGACCAUCUGUGACAAACCUGGAAGCAGCCAGCAGAGUGGAGGGGUGGGCGCAUUUCGAGGAGUUUUCAGUGUACAGUCAAGGCAAAAUGCAAAUCGGUCCUGAGAGGAGGCUCUCUAAAGAGGCAGCUGUGAGCAAACACGUAGAAUUUCAAGGGGUGGAGAUUUUAUGGCUGCAAAAAGCAGAGGAGCAGAGCAGAAAGAAGCAUUCGCUGCUGGAGACCGCAUCCGUGGAGAGGAAGGCAUUCCCCAAAACAUCCAGCCACCCUGUGCCACCAAUGGUCUCCCCGGGCUUGGUUACCUCGCCGGACAGUGCUUGGAGCGAGGUCUGGGAAGACCCCAGGCUGGGAGCUGCCUGUGGAGCUGCUCCUCUGGCGUUGCUUGAUGAAAGUGGGGAGGAUGAAGUUUUUGUGAAGGACAAAAAGAACCGCGGAGAGGAGGAGACCACUGUGCUAGUGAGAGGCCAGGGCAGGAUCAUGGAGGAGGGGGAAGCAGCCAUGGGAGGAUAUGAAGAUGUCCUUGGACAGAGGCACUCUGAUGUCUCCACUGAUCUGUACAGCUCGCAGUUUGAAAACAUCCUAGACAAUGCCUCUUUAUACUAUAGCGCGGAGUCACUGGAGACGCUAUACUCGGAGCCCGAUAGCUACUUCAGCUUCGAGAUGCCACUCACUCCGAUGAUCCAGCAACGCAUGAAGGAGGGCAGUCAGUUUUUAGAACGGACUUCAGCCUCGGGACAGACGGAUGUCUUUCAGCUUCCCGCUGACGGGGAAGCAAAGAGCUGCUGUGAAGGGAUCGCCAAUGGUUUAAGGGAUGUAAGCGAGACGCUCUUCAGAGGAGAUGUCACAGAAGUUCCUCGUUUGGAAAGCAAUGCUGGACUGCAGAAUGUGCUAGACUCCAGUGCUGCCAUGGGGAGCAAUGAACUAAAGGAGAAAGAUGCCACUGGAGCCCUUGGCUAUGAUCUCAGCAAUGGCAGCAGCAGCAAUUUGGACGCAGCCAGGCGCCUGGCUAAACGCCUCUACCAUCUGGACAGAUUCAAGCGCUCCGACGUGGCAAAGCAUUUGGGCAAAAACAACGAAUUCAGCAAGCUUGUGGCCGAAGAAUACCUUAAGUUUUUUGAUUUCACAGGCAUGACGCUGGACUACUCGCUCAGGAGUUUCUUUAAAGCCUUUUCACUUAUUGGAGAAACUCAGGAACGAGAGAGAGUUUUAGUCCACUUUUCCAGCAGAUAUUAUCAGUGUAACCCAAACACCAUUUCUUCUCAAGAUGGAGUUCACUGUCUCACAUGUGCCAUGAUGCUGCUGAACACUGACCUGCAUGGACACAACAUUGGGAAAAAGAUGACCUGCCAAGAGUUCAUUGCUAACCUCCAGGGGAUGAACGAUGGUAAAGACUUCCCAAAAGGGCUGUUGAAGGCUCUCUACAAUUCAAUCAAGAAUGAGAAGCUUGAAUGGGCAGUCGAUGACGAAGAGAAAAAAAAAUCUCAUUUGGAAGGUACAGAUGAAAAAGAUAAUGGGAACCAGACGAAGGCUGUAAGUCGAAUUGGCAACUCAAACAACCCAUUUCUGGACAUCCCUCAUGACCCCAAUGCUGCUGUGUAUAAAACUGGAUUUCUGGCUAGGAAAAUCCAUGCAGAUAUGGAUGGAAAGAAAACUCCCCGGGGAAAGCGAGGCUGGAAAACCUUUUAUGCUGUGCUGAAGGGAACGGUCCUGUACUUGCAGAAGGAUGAGUACAAGCCAGAAAAGGCUUUGUCGGAGGAAGAUCUGAAGAAUGCAGUUAGCGUGCAUCAUGCGCUGGCAUCCAAGGCAACAGACUAUGAGAAGAAACCCAAUGUCCUCAAGCUUAAAACAGCAGAUUGGAGGGUCCUGCUUUUCCAAGCCCAGAGCCAAGAAGAAAUGCAGGCCUGGAUCAACAAGAUUAACUGUGUGGCUGCUGUCUUCUCUGCACCACCAUUUCCAGCAGCAAUUGGCUCUCAGAAGAAGUUCAGUCGCCCACUCCUGCCAGCUACCACAACGAAGCUAUCUCAGGAUGAACAGCUGAAAUCCCAUGAAGCUAAGCUGAAGCAGAUCUCCACUGAGCUUGCUGAACAUCGCUCUUAUCCUCCUGACAAGAAGCUGAAAGGAAAGGAAGUAGAUGAUUACAAACUGAAAGACCACUAUCUGGAGUUUGAGAAAAAUCGCUAUGAGAUUUACGUUGGCCUCCUGAAAGAAGGGGUGAAGGAGCUGCUGAGCGGAGGCGAGAACGACGCACCAGGAUUGAAGAAAUCCCACUCGAGUCCGUCGCUCAAUCAGGAGUCUCCAGUUAGUGCCAAGGUGAAACGCAAUGUCUCGGAGAGGAAGGACUACAGGCCAGAAACACCCAGCAUUAAGCAGAAGGUCACUUAGGGUGGAAGUGAUAGCUAGGGGAACAGCCAUGCAGCAAAGUACCGGUGGUCAAAAUUUUUCCAUUUAAUAACCUGUCAUUCACAAAAUUAAGUGCAUCUGCCUGAAUGGGGUGUUAGUGACAUUUUCUAUUGUAUAUUUUGCUGUUUCUGUGCAGAUUGUGGGAGAUGUCUUUGCUCCUGCUUUGCUUUGCUUUGUUAAUUUAUCAUUUAGCAAUUGAAGCAUCGGGACUUUUUUGUGUUCUGUUUUUAAAGGAGCUGGGGGAGGGGUAGAGCGCUGUGACGUAUAUUCUGUCUCUUCCCCAUUUAUCUCCUCCCAUCGGCACGUGGCUUUCAUCUCUCAAGUCACUUGUCACUUUAUUUACGUGGUGGGUGGGAAAAGUAACUGGACAAAUGCUGCGGUGUUGUGAAUGUGAGCUGUAGCUGUGAGAAAUUUGUGCAAACGGGCAGCUGCAGAAGGCUGGAUAGAAUCUAGGGUGCUGGGAACAUUGGUUUCCUGACGACGCAGAGCGUGUUGGUACUGGCAAUUAGCAGUGGGUGCUACGGUAAAUAGUCGCUGUUGCUUAUUGUUACUACGUUGACCCUGGACCCACAAAGGCAAAGGAAUGCAACCUGGAAAUCUCUGGCAAUGCUGGGAUGACAGCAUUGGAAUCAUUUGUUUGCUUCUUUCCAAGCAAAAAGUCUUCUCCCGAGUUAGCAGGCUGGGGGGUAUCCAAACCUGUCGUGUCUCUGUGGUCAGGGAGAUGAGGAGUUACCCGGUUGGGAUGAACCUGGGUUGCAGAGGUGGCUGCUGCGGGUGUCAGCCACUAGCAUUGUGUUUUAAAGACAAAGGGCCUCUGUGUAGUUUUUAACUAUACACUCUUCACUUAGCUGCUAUAUAGAGCCUUAUGAUACGUUGUCCCCCGAUGCUCCCCUUUCCAGGAGUUCCCUUGUUGGUAUGUGCAGAUGUAUGCAAUUUCUCUGAUAGUGACAGUGCACUUUGCCUUUUCUCUUCAGAAAGGGAUUCUCCUCAGCUACUUGUUUUUCUGCUUUAGUUCGUAUAGAGGUGGAAGAGGCUGGUGCAGACUGGAGAAUGGUAUAGACGUGUCGUUGCUCUGGGCCAGGGUUUGAUGCCAUCCUGGCUCCUCCACGCCUGGAGGCCAGCACAGGGCUGCCUCAGCUUUGGCAGAUCCUAUCCUCCACCUGCGGGGAGCCAGCCUGCCCUGCAGCUCCAGCAUGUCCCACUUCAGGCUUUCAGAGGGAGGCAGAGGCCAGGGAGAGGCCACCACGGGCAGAGCUUUCCAUACCUCAAAGCCGUGCUUGGUCCGCAGAUCCUUGGGGUGUUUGGCAGUCUUGAGUCACAGGGGUCAGGGGAGUACAAAGAUGACGCAGAGAUCGUUUUUCUGUUUCCCAGCCCCUCUCAACUUGGGGCAGCUUGGCACUGCAGAGAACACUGGCUCACCUGGUACUUUCCACGCUCAGUUUUAAUCUCUGAUUUGACACUGGCCUGCUGUGUGAGCUCGGACAGGUCUCUCCCUCUUUGCCUCACCCAUCCCCUUUGCAGCAUAGUAUAAGCAUUCUGGCUUUUCUCACAAAGCACCUUGAGAGGUGGUGUUCAGGGCCAACUGAAAAACGUUUGUUGCUAUUAUUUUUGUUGGGCCUGGUGCAGGGUAGCCGUCCUGAUAGAAGUAAUUCUUAAUGUGUAGAGAAAUGUCCAGAUCAAUGCAAGGACUGUUUAGAAAUGUGCUGGUAUUUCCAGCCUGAUAGGGCCACACAUCAAAAAAAAAUUACCAUCUGACGGGAUUUGUGCUCUGCCAGACUUCCCAAAGGGUCCAAGUCAAUUAGUCUAGCUUAUUGAACUGCCAGCUCAGUGGGCAGAAAAGGGAGCAAUCAAAGACAGAGGGACCCGAACAGGCACCGCGUGACUUGCCUCCCCCGCUGAGGACCACCAUGCAACGUCUCUCCCGAUGUUGUGCUCACCACGGGCUGUAACAAAGAUGUCGUGCACUCAGAUGCCAGGAGGUGUUGAAGCGAAUCGAUCCUUGCAGUUGCAGCCCGGCAACAGAAUCGGAUGGGACUGAUUCCGCGCGUGGUGAUGGGACACACGCACAUGCGUUUGGCAUCUGCCACUUGGAGUCAGGAGGCCAGCACCUAACCCUAAAAACUGCAGAGAUCUGAACAGAAACUGUCAGCGCUUACUAAGCGCUGCGGCUUUAGAAGUUGCGUGUGGUUUUGGUGGAGCAAGCCUUCAGUCCUCCUGCUGAAGGAGAGAGAUGCCUUCUUUUACUGGGGCAUGCUGCACUGGGAGACUCCGUGCAGACAGGUGCAUGGCAGUGCUUAUCGGAGGGGAUUGUUUGAAUUAAUUGUGUGUGGUAGAUAAACAGCUCGUGGAGGGGAAACAGAGCCAGGAGAUCCCUGCAGCUGUUCAUCGUACUCUGGUGGUUUUAAACAAACAAUCAGAAGAGAGAGGUUAUACUGGGAGGGAAAAAGACACAUGGGGAAUGCCGAGUGCAUAUUUGAGAAGAAAACUUGUCCAGUCUUAGAUAACGGCAUUUCACAGAAAGCAUGCAGCAGAAACAAAAAAAAAAAAAGAAAAGGUGCAGAUGUGUAAAUGGGCCUUGCUUGGAUGUCAGGGCGGGGUUGUCUGGAUGAGCUUUUCAGAGGCAUCCUGGAACACACCCAGCAAACCUCUUGUGAUAUUGAGUGCAGUGCUUUAAAAGGCGAAGAGGUGACAUUUAACUUUUUUCUCAGCUUUUAAAACGCUCUGCUGCUGUAGACUGGAGUUAAAUUGCUGAACUCAAAAAAAAAAAAAAUUCCUGUGAAAUGCAUUUCCCAGCUUUGACACAGAAACUGGUUAAUUCCUUUUCAAAGUCACUGCAGAGGAGAUGAUUUGAAAUAACAGGAAAAGUCAAAAAGUAAGCUGCAAAAAUGAUUUUUUUUCAGUUUUUGUUAUUUAUUCUCCAUUACCAGGUGUACUUGCAAAUGGAUUGGGGUAUAAUUUUUAAGUCUCAUCUGUGCUUAGCAAAUGCAAUUUUUCACUGCAUUUUUUAGCAAUUAAACAUUUGUUGAACUUGGAGCACCCUCGGUGAGACUGUUGAGGCGUGCAGAUUAGUUUACUGAGAAUGUCAGGUUCUGCUCAAGUUUUAAUUAAUGUCAUUUUGCUCCAUUGCUUUACAAAUUCUAGGCAUCCCAGGCACCCAUGUGAAUAUGCACAUUUCAGAGGCCAAGAGAAAAAGGAGAUCCUGUCGUGAAUGCCUAAGCCUCCUGGACUCCCUUAGGAACAGGAUCAUCUGCUGAGCAGUACUGUCAUUUGUUUUUUUUUUUUUUUUUCCCCGAUGCUAUUGUAAAGGGUGGGUGCAGAUUCUCCAGGGGUGUCAGCGGUGCAUCUUGUUGGGUGGCGCCACGGAGAGUCUGGCCAGAUGGCUUUGCAUGGUACCCAGUGCCCUGCCUUUCUUUGCCGAAUGUUUGCCUUUAUUAGAGAUCAGUGUUUGACCUCAGUGACUCAGGAGCUCCCGUUGCAGCGUGUAAGGAUACUCUGCUGAUUUCCAGCCCUCCCCUGGACCCCUGCAUGCCUGGCUGUCCCCACCGUGCACCCGAUCUUGGUAUCAUCUGAGCAGCCUGUGGCUUUCUGGGGAUGCUAAACGUGAGCAGGAGUUACCUGAGGCUUGUUUUGGGACACCUUCAGCCCAGGCAGAGCUGUGUCUGGAUGCUCAGUGAUAAGAUCUUGCAGUGCCUGCUCGCUCAGCUGCAGCUGGCAGGCCACUGCAAGUGUGUGUGUGAGCAUGCAGCCCCCAAGCCAGCCUUUGCGUUGGUGCUGCUGGGGAGGUAUCGCCCUUCCUUGUCAUCCUCCCUGCUGCAGCCUGGCACCUGGAAGCCUCUGCUCAGGCAGAAGCUCUGCCCCCACGUCUUGAGAGGGGGGAUGCGAGGAGGGGAGCUGGGCUGGGCCAGGAGAGACCCGUCCUGCUCCGAAGCACUGCUGAUUGCUCACCUUCUGUGUGGACUCCUCUCCCAGCUGAAGGAGGAGCGGCAGGAGGGUCUGGACAUGACAGCAGGGAGGGGAGGGAGAAGCACAAAGAUGCCUUCCCUCCCUCCGCUCAGCAACCAAAGCAGGUGAGAUACUCUCCCAAUGCCAAAACUGCGCUCUCCUUCGUAAGCCGGUAGGAUGCUGGGAUUUUUGUUCAGCAGCAUCGUGAAAGAAAAUCUCUGGGCUGGCUGUGUGUUUGUAUGCGUCUUGCAGAUAAAUCAUGCACGGACCAGUGAACAUGACUGCAGCUUUUUAAUCCAGUAUUUAUGUUGUGUCUUUAAUUGAUGUAGAGAGAUAAGUCAGCCAGCCGGGUGAUUAACGUAGCGGAGCUGUGGGGGAACGCUGUUCAUCUGUGACUCCGACUCAGACACUUUUUCAUCUAUAGCCAGCCACUUGUAAAUGGUUACCAGAAGCUUUCUAAGGGCUGUAACAGCUCAUCCCUUAGGUGCUUUCUCUUUGAUCCUGCCUGCUCCCAGGGUGCAGCCUGUCCAACUUCAGGGGCUCUUCUGGAGCACGGUGUGCAGCAGAGCCCUGCUCUAAGCAGCAGUUUGAGCUAGCUGACCUCCAGAGGCCCCUUGUGACCUGGAUUGAUGGGUGACUUUUCACAGCUCCAGUGCCUUCCCAUAAUAGGCCGGUUGUUCUUCUGCCUAGAAACCAUCAGGCUUUUUUGUCUCACCCGAGUGGGGCUGGGUUCCCACUUGGUUAGAGCAUCUCUUUGGUGAGGAGGUUGUUGCGGCAGUGGAGAAAGUCAGAGGUGGCAGGAUUAUCACUGCCUUUCUGGAGGGAUUGCACUGCAGUGUUCUUCUUGAAAGCGGGGAAGGCUUUUCUCUGCAGACAGCUUACAGCUUACCCAUGUCUGCAUUCUCCAUCCCUAAAUCAAUUUUGGCCUUAUCGCAGUUAGUCUGACAGCUCCUCCUCCUUUUCUGUCAAGCUGCUCCUGUCUGUCAUCUUAGCACCUCAGCUGCUUCUGUGUAACAGGUCUCUUUCCUUCCAUGCUUGCAGAAAUCCAGAAAAUUUGACUGUCCCAUCUUGCCUUGAGAAAACCUGCUCCGAGGCAGUACUGUGUUGAAUGGAUAACCUUUUGAACAGCUUUCUCAUUCUGCUCGUUUGUAGCUUGUAUUUCCAGCCACGGUUAUAGCUGGGAAGUGUGAGACAGAGUUUCAGACUUCUGUGAUCCUUGUGUGUUGUGCUGCAUGGAUGCAAGGUCCUCCUCCCACACUCAGACCAGACACUUGUGACAUUCCUAGUCUCCUUUCCAAAAAUCUCAGAGGCAGAGGCAGCCUGUGCUGUGCUGUGGGGAAACUUUGACACGCUGUUUUGCAAGGAUUUGGGUACUUUCCAAAUCAGAUCAUACAUUUUGCAACCUUUCAGGGAGCUGUGUAAAAAAAGGAGAAAAAAAAAAAAAAGAUGCCAUUUUCAAUCAGUGCCCCCCAAGCACAGAGAGAUGGUAUCCAGAAACACCAUCUGCUUUUGCAGAGGCAUAGGCAGUAUAAACACCUUAUCUGCAGCAGUCUCACAGGUUGCUGCUUGUUCGAACUUUACCCAGUGUGGCUCUCCCCGAGCUCUGGGGUGUCAUGUCUGCUCUGAGAGGGCAAUUCUGCAGUCCACGUUUCACCAGUCUCCCCAGAGCAUGACUGAAGCUCCUCAGCUUGUGUCCUGGUGUCAGCUGCCUAGGCUGCCGAGGGGGGCAAGCCAAAGAAGCUGUCUCAGAAAUUUCUUUGAAAGAGCUGGUUGCCAGCUUGUGCUUUAUGGAGGGUAUUUUUAGUGCAUGCUCACGCAGUAUGCCUGGCCUCUCCUCUCCUCUCUCUGUGAUCUCUCCCAGCAGCAUAAGUGUAGUACAGUGAACUGCUUUACUUGGAGUUUCUGAGCAUUUGCUCCGGCAAGAAGAGGCUUUGUCAGCCUCCAGAGAAGCUACAUUCCCCAAGCUGAGCACCAGUGCAUGGGGCCAUCUCCCAUACGGCCAGUGAUACCAUAAGAAGACACUCGGAAAGCCAGUGCCACCCUCCAUGUCUGGUCACCUUCUGGGACCUGGGCAAUAGCGUUCUCCAUCAUUGCCCUCAGUGCUGGGGGAAAUUAGAAAUGCCAGCUUCCUUUUCCACGUACGCUCUGCUGCUUAGGGAACUAGCCCCGAUCUGUGUCGCCAGCUGCUUCUCUCCCUUGCGACUGCAGCACCCUCAUCCAGGGGUGUCACGGCCUCAGUGUGAAGAGGCUCGUUUAAAUUCAAGCAAGGAGGAGAGGUGGUCCUGGGGAGCUGUGUCUGGAGGCCUUCUGUGAAAGUCGGCUCUCCCGUUGGCAACAUCCAGCUGAGCAGUGAAAGGAGGCCAGCUCAGCCCUGCCUGAGUGGAGGUACCUUGCUCAUUUGUUGUGUGAGCUGCACUGAGGCUUUAGGUUAAUUAUUUAUGAGAGCACUUCCUUAACAAGCGCAAGCAACAGCUUUCCCAAAGGCUGCACAGUUGACCUGACUUUGCUGCCAUGGUCAAAAGGAGCAAAUAUAGGUCAGCCCGCAGAGCUUCUGUCAUCCCCCUUUGAGCAGUGAAGUAUUCUGUAAAAGUUAUAAAUUUUUAAACAAUGAGGGACCUACCAUGGCAUCUGCUGUUACGUCUGUGCCAGGAAUCAGCUAGGGUACAGGCCUGAGGUUUAUUUGGACUGAGGAGAAGUACAUCACUUAGCAGUGCAUGUGCUAAAAGUGCUACAAAUUACAAGGGCACGACUUUUCUCUGACAUAAACCUUUGCAAUUAGCAGUCACUUUGCAGUGACGGUCCUGUGUGUAAUUCACCUAAACUAAACCAACACAACAAGAUAGCUUUUGUUCAAGCAAGCAAGGAAGGUUUCAGCUUUGCCUUGUGCCGAAUGAAUAUCCUUUGUAGCAGCUAGCCAACUGCUAUGGAGAUGUGUUUGACAUAAAGUCCUCUGACUCCCUGGAGCCUCUUGCUGGGAAUAGGGCGGUCUGCGGUACCCAGUCUGUCACUUCACCAGGCAAAUGCUAUCGAUGGUGAAAGUCUGAAGUCACUUACACACUUGUGAAAACCUCAUGCUCAGUGCUGUUGAGUUCUGAAAAACUGUAGGAUGAGAACAGGGAUGGGUCUUUUUUUGUUGUUGUUUCUUGUUUUGUGUGUACAUAUUCAUGACAACUAUGUCCUCUUAUUUGAGGCUAGGAUAAAACCUUGGCUAAAAGAACAGAGUUUUUUGGCAGUUUGAAAACUUUAAAAUCAAUACUCUCUGCGUGAGGUACAAUCUGAGGCUUACAGUACUUGGUGAACGUGUUUAAGUGAUGCCUAUAGAUGUGUGUAUGUGUUUCAUAGGUAUAGUAUGGCUUCUGUGGCUCAGCACUCCAAAGCCUGCUAUUCUUUUCUGAAGCUUAUUUUUGUCGAAGCACUUAAACAGCUGCAAACUUUGUUAGGAUGCUUGUUGUUCUAGUUCUCAAAUUAGGUUAAACAGUCAUCAGAGCUUUUGCAGAUUUAGGGUAUCCCUUGAGCUGCCUUGAUCUCCGUGUGUUGUCCACCAGGGGCUGCCUGUUGUUCUGCAUGUUGAAAGCAAAGGCACGUGUCUGAGAGUCUAAGCGAGGAUCACUGGGUGGUAUUUUCUGCUAGCUCGACACUGGGCUGUCUCCCUGGUGGUGUCAGCUGAUGCCUGCUCCACGAGCAUCCAUGCCUGAUUCUUCUGAAAAUCACUCUGGGGAUCUAAUAUACAGCUUUACUUCUGAAAAUGUUGACCUCGCUCUGUGAAAAUUCAGCAAGGGGACAUCAUGUCCAAAAGUGUCCAAGCAGGACAGGUGCCUGUGAUGUCUCCUGCAGAUACAGCCGUACAGCAGUAGUGAGGGUUUCUUUCUGCAACUGCACAGAUUUCCAGAAGAAUGUUUGGCUCAUCAGAGUGGAAAAGAAGAGCAGCAGGACGAAUAUCUCUAUAGGGCGUCUCGUUUGCCUCCCGGAGGUUUCCCUUGUGAGGUUUAAACGACCUUUUAACAAGUUGGUGUGCUAAGUAAAGGGAUGAGGAAGCCCAGUGGGUUUUCCUAUUAUGCUCUAUCUAGUUAGUGCAACACUAGCACUAUCUGCAUUAUCCCAGGAAAGGGGGAGCAAAGCCUAAAGAUGGAAUUCUUACCUGGAGUCAUAAAAUGCUUAAGGUUGCAGGUAACUUGAAGCACUUGAGCAACCUCAGUGAAGUCAAGGCUGUGUGCUUCACUGGACCCUGGCCAGAGUGAUCACAUCUUGGAAGACUGAGACGCAAGUGGACUUUAGCUCAGGGUGAGAUGAAGAGGGACAUCCCCAUCACCUUACGUUGGGUCAGUUGUGGUCUUGUAAUCCUUUUUCAGGCGCUGAGCUUCUCCCUUGGGUUACCUGCCUCCCUUGGUGAUAAAGUGGGAAGAUGAGGGUCAGCACUGUUGUGUUCAGAGUUGCAGUUAGGAACUGGCACUUGCCCUCCGCCCGAGAUGAUGCAGUGUUGUUUUCCCUUAGGUUGAGAAAGAGCACUGAAUUUUCAGUUACUGUUGUGUGGUACCCCUAUGGGAAUAGUAGCCCCUGGCAGCAGCAGUGCAAAAACCAUUUUGCACACGCGUGUACACACACCCUGUGGAUCUCUUCUGUGCAGACUUAACCUUACUGGGCCCAACAGCAGUCCUUGCAAGACUUUUCCUCUGGGCAGCCUCCUGUCCCUUUUGCCAAGUGUAGGAACCUUCUUCCUAAUAACCUUGAACUCAGUUUAUUCUCGUCACUGACUCACUGGAGUGUUUUUCAUGCAACACACUAGAGACGCGGUCCCGGUCUCACUGCUUUGUGGUAACUUCUUGGUCUGCUCUGAAGCAGCAUUGAGGUAAUCACUAAGUCUUUUCCAGCAGCAUGAAACUUGCUGCUCUGACUCUUGGUGUGGUAAUUGUCUCAUGUCUGAGGCUGUCCUACCACCAGGGCGCUCCUUCCUGUCCCCGGGUGCAUGCACGGUCAGAAAAGCAUAUUGCUUCUCGGUGGUCAGAGUCAGAGCUGUGCCGACUUAAAUCAAACCCUGGUUCAUGGGAGGUGUUUCCACGUGCUGCUGAUGUCCAUAAGGACUCAAACAAAUACUUGCGUACACAGAGAUGCUUUCCUGAAGCAGAGUUGUCACUCUUUUCUACAGGUACCACAGGAUGCCCUCCCUUAUUCUGCUUCAUGUAACUGGUACUAGAAUGAUCAUUUCCUGAUAAAUGAAGGCACUUAAUCAGUCCUCUUCCCCUUGGAAGAAGGACUUUUGGGGAUAUUGUUAUAUCAUUUAAAAUAAUAUUUUGGAAUUUAAGUUUACAUUGCUUUAUUUUUCACUUGAGGUGACUGUAUAUAAAUAUUUUCCUCUAUUUUAUCAUUGCUGAUAAAGUAAGCCUACGGUAUACAGACAAAUAAUUUGCCUUUGAUGUAUUGAAACUGUGAGAUAUAAAGUAGACUUCUCUCUUGUGUCCAUGUUCCUGACUAUUACUCUGUUCCUCUGUGUUUUUAUAAGUUGGAAUAAAUGUUGCUUACGGGCAACAGAGAGCCUGCAAGCUUCCCAAUAAUUUUUAUGUAAUUGAACUCAAGCAACCCUAGUGAAGGAUCUCACAUAUGUAUAAUGAUAUAUGUAUAUGUACAAACUUUAGAAAGAAAUAAACCAAAUGUAUUUCA